AUUAGGAGAGGUAGUAACAAAUAAUAAUUUGUGAACUACAGUAGUUAAGGGUUAAAGACCAAAAUAAUGUCUGAUGAAAAAGUUUUAAAGACAUAUAUUGCACAAUCCCAAACAGCUGUUCUGACAAAGAAUAUCUAUCAUUAUUCCUUUGGUUUCCGUUUUCCCUUAUCCCUCCUUAAGCUUUGUUAACAUCCAUACAACAACGAAAAAGAGAUUACAGCACCUUUCUAUCUAUAUCUCUCUCUCCAAUCUCCACCGAAAAAGAAAAAGAUUAUAGUAUUAUAGAGAGAAUUCAAGAUACUAUAUACUACUGCAUCAUAUCAAAUCUAGCUUCCUAGCUAGUCUUCAAGGUAAUCAAUCAUCAUUCACUGCUAUGGAAACACACCAUCAUCAGCAGCACCAAAAACAAAUUGAAGCAAGGCAAGAAGAUAAAGAAGCAAAGCAAAUACUGUUACCAAAACCUUCUUCACCACCACCUUCACAAUCUUCCUCCCCUUCUCAUGAAUUCUCCUUCACAAUCUCUCUCCAUUCUUCUUCCACCAACAAAGCUCCACCACCUUCCCUUGCAAUAGAUUUAUCUCCUGCUGACGAAAUUUUCUUCCAUGGCCACUUGCUUCCCCUCCACCUCCUAUCUCACCUCCCUUCAUCACCUCGAUUCUCCACCACUUCCAUGGAAAGCCUCACUGUCCCCGUCCCCAUCCGCGACUUCUUAUUGGAAGAUAAUGAAAAUACCUAUAAUAAAGAAAUUAGUAGAAGCAGCUGCGGACACAGCAAUAGGAGCAACAUAACCCUGGAUGAAAGAAUUGGCAACAACUUCAUAGAAGAAGACAAUAAUGUUAUUAAGAGAGGGACAAUGGAAGAAGAAAGUAAGUCCAAUAAUAAUAAUAAUAAUAAACAUAGUAGUUUCUCAUUGUUUGGAUUAUCAAAAGGGCGCAAAGUGUGUCAAGUUAGCAACAAGGAAGAAUUAGAUAAAGAGAAGCAACAGAAGAGGAAGCUUGGUUUUGACGUGAUCCAUGCACUCAAGAGGCUUUUCAGGGGGAGAAGAGAAAGAGAGAAAGUUGGUUUGCAUGAGAGUGCUUAUUCUUCUCACUCAGGGAACUUGAUGAGGAAGAAAAAACCAGAAUUGAGAGGAAUUAGAAGAGGUGAAUGUUCAUCAGCACCAGCUUCCAUGAGGGCUUCUCCAACAAACAGUGGCCUCUUGCUUGCAACUGCAACAACUCUUCCUACUUCAGCCGCCAAUGACAGCACCAUGGAAGAGUUGCAAGCAGCCAUUCAAGCUGCCAUUGCUCACUGCAAAAAUUCUAUUGCCAAAGAAGACAACAACCUCAUCAAAUGCACCUCAUAGCACAUAGCACAUAGUAGCAUAUCAUUAUUUAUUUUCCCUAGUUCUUCUACUUACUACUGUAAUUAUUAUCUCGUAUUUGCUAUCUGUAUAUUAAUAAUUAGGUAUAUGAAAAUCUAUUAUUAUCCGAGGCACAAAACAAAGUUACAUAUAUUCGUGUCUUUCAGUGUAAACAUAAAUUCAU